UUAUCGCUUAACAAAAUGUCUUCAGAAACAGCUCAAGUUAGCUCCUUACCCUUGCCACCUAUGCAGUAUUACAACUUUUACACAGAUGAGAAUGUGCGAAGAAAUACGGCACCGUUGCCCCCACGUCGUAUUCAAGAUUCAUAUUCAAUGUUUGGUCAUACAUUUAACACAGAUGAUACCAUCAUUCGAUCACUAGAGAGUCAGGGUUUCCGUAGGCUUUAUCCUAUGCAUUUUGACAGAAGACGGGAACUAAAGAAGCUGAAUCAUUCUUUGUUGGUCAAUUUUCUAGAUCUCUUAGAUUUGUUAGUACACUGUCCUGACUCGCCCAAAAGGGCUGAGAAGGUUGAAGAUCUCAGUCUGCUGUUCAUCCAUAUUCACCACUUGCUCAAUGAAUUUAGACCUCAUCAGGCCAGGGAAACCUUAAGGGUGAUGAUGGAAUUGCAAAAAAGGCAAAGAGUGGAAACUGCUAUGAGAUUCCAGAAACAUUUGGAUAAAGUUCAAGACAUCUUACAAAAUGCCCUUCAAAGUCUUCCAGAUCAAAAUGAGAUUGAAAGCAAUUUCAAAGUACCUACUGAAAUAUUGGAUCAAAUGGAAAGCAACCCUAAUGAUCAUGCCAAUGCAGACCAGUGUUAUGAACUAGACAGAAUCAUGUGUAAUGUUGUAGAUAACAUGAGAUGAAUGGAUAAAACUUGUAAUUUUAUGUUUGCCUUUAGAAAUAAACCUACAAAUUU